UUUAAGUACAUGAUUAUGUAAUUGGAGUUGACAGGAAUUAACAUUUUCUUACAUUAAUCUAGAUAUUAAUUAAAAAAUAUGACGAUUAUUAAUCCAAUAGAAGAGUGUAGAUAUACAGGUAGUAAUAUAGUAAGCUUGUGUACGUGCUGCGGUCGUCAAGCAUGGAGUGAUUAUUAUGGAAAUUUUGCUUGCAGAACCUGCAUAAGAUUUCUCAUAAAAUGCAUUACAGAAAGGAAAACCUGUGAGUGUCAAAGAAAGGCAGAUCUGUGCCAAAUUACAAAUGAUCCACAAUCUAAAUGUGACUUCUGUCAUUUGCAACGUCUAUAUAAUGCAGGAAUAAGGCCUAAAAUGUAUGGAAGACACAAAAAUGGAUGGUACAUGAAAGACGUUAUUCCUAAACUGGUUAGAGUACAGGCACAAAAUUUUUGUAAAUGUAAACGUUGUUAUGCGGAAAAUGAAAUGGUAAAAAUGUUUAAAUUCGGAUGUAAUCUAUAUUUUAUAUCUUGGUGGCUAAGAAAUCGCAUUGAUUUAAGACUGAGAAAUUUUCCUUAUGUGAAUCUUGAAAGUUUGUCUAUCAGAGGAAAUAUAAUUGGUGCUGUCGUAAAUUCAAUUCAUGCUCACGAUGUCCUGAAAUGCGGUUAUCGAUACAUCGAUCCUUAUAAAUGUCGUGUUUUAGAUAAUCAAAAUUAUUUAAUUUGGUGUUUAGGUGUAACACGUCGAUUUCUUCGUCAUUCUGAAUUUGGUAUUCCAACUUUGGAGCAAGAAGAAAACUAUAUUGUCAGGAACAUUUUACCUUGCAGUAGAUGAAUUUGAAUACUGAUGAUAUUCAUCGCAGUAGUACAGUAGUUUCGACGUAGUGUGUAUUUGAAUCACAUGUAAAACUCAAUUUAUAUAUUUUAAAACAGUGCUGAAUUUUACGUAUUUUAA